AUGCUCGCCAUGGCCAUGGCCAUGGCGAUGACUGUAACAGCGCAAGAAGGUGCUGAAUGUGCCGUCGGGGCAAGCGAAUCGACUCAUGCUGACUGCCUGAGGGUCUGGGUGGGCAGGCAGGGAUGCUGGGUGGGAGCAGAGAAGGGAUGGACUGUGAUAAGGUGCUCGAGUGUGAGUGAUGAGCUGGAGGUCAAGAUCGAGGGCAGCGGAUGUCUGUGUGCAGCUACCAAGCAGACUAGCUUGCUUGCUUUCGUAAACACCGUGCAGACAAGUUUGUGUUCGUCCUGCUCCUGCUCGGCGAACGUCUCGCUGGCACUCGGCGCUCACAGCUUGCGAGUCGUCCUUGUAGACCAACAGGGAGCUGUCUUACGAACCCGGAGGACGCUUCUGAGGAUCGAACGAGAAGUGGGGGAAGCAGCCAACCAGGUGGAGCCUUCUCCUCCUGCCUUGUCAUCCUUCUGGCUGUUCGAGGAGCGAGCGAACAAGGUCCUCAGGGAGUACGUGGAUCUACAUCGAAGGAUCUUGGAUGAGCAGGACGAAAGCGUGGCUAAGAGGUUCUUGGUGGUCAGGAGCAGCCAUGGGGUUUCAAACACUCAGAUAGAGGAAGUGACAGGGCUCUUGAUCGCCAUCCUCACAAGACGAGCCCUCAUCCUUGACUUCUCCAACGACUCCUACACAGGCCCUCGUCCCAUCUUUGAGUAUGACUGGCCCAUCAAUGUAUUUCUGGACGGCGUCGCUCCCUAUCUCACCGAGCAUCGAGACUUUGUCGAGAUGCCUCGAAUUCCGCAGGAGGAGUAUGGCAAGUACGGAGAGCUGCUGGCCUGCCAGCACUGGAACGACAGCAUGCCGGAUGAUGUGAUCCUGGCGCAAACUCUCUUCGGGUUUCCCACAGCAUACCUCAACAAGCACCACAUCGACGCCAUCACCAAGACCUUCGGCAUCUUCGCUUUCCCGAUCCUCCAUGCAUUCCUGCACAGGCCGAACGAGAAGAUCCAGAGGGUCGUGACGUGGAGGCGCCAGGAGCUGGAGGCCAGCGUCUGCUCGGUGGGGCUGCAGAUUCGUUGGCACCACUUGCGAGCUUACCUGCAAGGCCUCUGCCCUGCUGACCAUCGGACGACCCUGUUUGUUGCUACAGGUGAGAUGAAGAGUCAGUUGGCAGCAGUUGCGGACUCUCGAAAUCUCGCGCGAUCUUGUGGAAAGAGCGGGGUCGAAGCUUGCAGCACCACUCAGUCGUCAACUUCGAGUGAGGGGCAUGCAUACCUAGCGGUAGAUGGAAACAAGAAGAUGAGAUGGUCAGAGGGCGCAUGCACGCACACGUGGGACGACAUGCACGGCAAGGGGACGGGGGACCCCUGGUGGAUGCUGGACAUGCGCAGCAUUUCAGCCAUCAGACUGUGGAACCGCGCGGAUUGUUGCUUCGAGCGUCUGCAGGGCGUCAACGUCUUUGCUGGAGAUUCUCCAAUUCCAACUGAAAACUUCUUGUGUGCGGCGGAUGUGGAGGUGCCGGCAGCUGGGGACGAACUGAUAUGGUGUGAGACAAGUGCAAAGUACAUCUUCGUCGUCAUGCCAGGUUUGCGGUCUCUUGCUGACGAGGACGAGUGA